UCUCUUCCUGCAGUCAUAGCUCAUAGAGUAAGCUAUAACAAUGGCGGGUACUAAGCUUGCAGCUCUUGGGUUCGUUGUCCUCUUAAGUAUUGGACUAGCCAGUGCUGCAAGAGUAGAAAGAUACUCUAGUUCCCAGGGAUCUGGCACGGGAGGCGGUGAGGGUGGAGGAUCUGUGAAUGGUGGAGGAGCCGGGAAAGGAAGUGGGGUUGGGUCUGGUAGCAGUAACUAUUACGGUGCCCAUGCAAGUGGUGGAGGUGGCGGCGGAGGUGGUGGUUACAGUCAAUACGGUGGAUCAGGAUCUGGUAGCGGAUAUGGCACGGGCUUAGGCUCUAGCCAGACCUCUCAAAAUGGAUAUUAUGGUUAUGGCGGGUCAUCCAGUGCUGGCGGUGCUGGUGCUGGUGGCGGUGCCGGACAAGCCGGUGGUUAUUGGCCAUCGUAUGGUCAUGGGUCUGGUAGCGGUACCGGCUCAGGCUCUAGCGAGGCUAAUAACUACUGGAGUGGACCAUAUGCAAACGCAAAUGCCGGUGGCAAUGGUGGUGGUAACGGCCAAGGCCAAUAUGGUGGCCGUGGCGUUGGUGCGGGUUCUGGAUCUGGGUACGGUGAUGCGAACCCUUAAUUUCCUUCGUAAAGGAAAUUAAAGAAAUGGAGCCUACCAUCUCAUGUAAUGUCUAGAAGUAUAAUUCGUUAUCAUUUGUUUGUACUUGUUUCAUACGUUGUUCUACAAGAAAUAAAGGGCUUCAUUGUUUCUGUAAAAUUCAAUAUAUAGUACUGUGUCACUAACGAGGAGAUCUAUGUAUGUUUAGAGUA